CCCCGGUGCCUGCUGGCGAAUGGAUGCUGAAAGGGCAUUUGGAUAUCACCGAAUCCCCGUCUCUCAUAGACAGGGAAUUUGCGGCUCGCUUUCCCAUUCUCUUGACUUCGCUCCCUGUUCCCGGGCCAAUGCCUGGGGGCUCGAGCGGCAGUAGUAGUGGUGGCUCAUGUUUUCAUGGGCCGUGCCUCGGAAAGGGUGACAAUGAAGAACAGGAAAAAUUACUGAAGAAAAGCUGUACAUUAUAUGUUGGAAAUCUUUCCUUUUACACAACUGAGGAACAAAUCUAUGAACUCUUCAGCAAAAGUGGUGACAUAAAGAAAAUCAUUAUGGGCCUGGAUAAAAUGAAAAAAACAGCAUGUGGAUUCUGCUUUGUGGAAUACUAUUCAAGAGCAGAUGCAGAAAAUGCUAUGCGGUACAUAAACGGAACUCGUCUGGAUGACCGGAUCAUUCGCACAGACUGGGACGCAGGCUUUAAGGAGGGCAGGCAGUACGGCCGUGGGCGAUCUGGGGGCCAGGUACGAGAUGAGUAUCGGCAGGACUAUGAUGCUGGGAGAGGAGGCUAUGGAAAACUGGCCCAAAACCAGUGAGUGGUGAGCGCCCCAUCAUGAAAAACUCCCUCCUUUGGCCUGCUGAAUUUGACAUACAUUACCCAAGGUCUGCAAACCUGCCCAUUUUACCAAGCUUUGAUCAAUGUCUCUACUGAGCUGGAAGCCUCUUCAUGGUUUUCCUCUGAAAAUUAUUAAAGGACAGAAUCCAAAAGAAUGCCUUUAAUUCUGUAGUCUUAGAAUGCUGGCCAUGUGUCAGGUUACCAGAAUGAUUUUCUGUUACCAGGUCAAAAAUUGUGUUCCUUGGCAACACAUUUGAUCUGUUAUGUUGAUCUAUCUGUCCCAAACACCACACUUCUUUUAGGAAGACUGGAAAAAUUAAAAAAUUUGUUUACCAUGUUUGCAUCUAAGAAGGUUCAUGGUCUACACUGGGUCCUGGAAUUAUUUUUUAAAUUCUAAGUUUGCAUGAGAUAAAGUUUAAUAAAUGGAGUUUUGCUCUAUUGUAUAGCUUUGCUCUAAAUUAGGAACAGAUGUUUGACAACUCAAUUUGCUUUCUGUGUUGAAUUCUAAUCUCUAAAGGCAAACUUAGGAGUCAAGGGAAGUUCCCAAAUGGUGCAAAAGUAAGCCUUAGACCCAGGGGAAACCACCUGCUUCCAUGCUUUAUAUAUCAGGACAUUAGGGACAGGGCUUCAAGGGUAUUUACUCAACACAUUUUUCAAAAGAUGUGUUUUACCUAAAGCUAAAAAAAAAGCAAGAGUUGGUAUUAUGGAGAACCUGAAAUGCUUGUAAGGCCUGGGGGGAGGGGGGGGCGGGGGUGCAGUACACACUGUCAGUAGGAAAUGGGAUAAAAUAUCAGGGGACGUGAGUUAACCGCUUUGACAAGAUGAAGGUUGCUGUGAGGGCCAUCAGAUUUAUUCUUUUCAUUUUCAAAGUGAUCUUGGGAAUGGAGUGGGUUUAAAAAAAGAGCUUGAAGAUUGAGAGAAUGCUUAACAAAAACAAUCCGAAAUGCCUCCCUCAGGAAAUGUUUCGGCCAAUUCUCAUACUGAAGUCUGUCUUGUUUUUUCCCUGAUAUGCUUACUGAGUUUCAGAGCCUUGAUAGUGAGCUGAUGGUCUCUACAGAGAAGGGAGUCUAGAGAAUUUAUUUUGCAUUUGUAAGGCAAGAGGUGAUUUCUCUCUAAUAUUCGAUGUGAACUACUGCUCAUUUAAAACCGCUAGUCUAAUUUUCCUUGACAUAAGUCAGAUUUUUUCAUGUAGCAACAGAGUAUCCCCCAGGUUCCAGUAGUUUGUGAAAGUUGGGGUUUAAGUAUCUCAAUGUGAACAUCUUUUAUGUUACAGUAAGUGUAGGUUUUCUCUUUAAAUUCAAACUGCUUAUUUGAAUUUUUAAAAGAGCUGUUUUGCAAAUAAUUUAAUGAGGACACGCUAUUCAUUUCUAAAAUUUCUUUUUACAUUGUGGUUUGAAUUAAUGUAUUUUAUAUUCUUUUAUAGUAAAACGUAACUGAUUUCUACAGGCCUUAAAACCAGACAGUGGCUCCUAUUUGAAUUGUCUUCUGUAAUAGAUUUCAAUAAAGUUGGACCAACUUA